GGACUAUUUGGAUAUUUUUAGCUCCUCAGGAAGUGCUGUUGUCGGUGAACAUUAUGUCUUGUUUUAUAUGUCUCUGUUAUGUGUGAAUCUGUAUGAAUUCUGAGCCGAUGUCUCACCAAAAUGUCAUUAUUGUUGCAUAAUAACAAUAAAGAUGAUUGAUUCUUGAAAAGUUUAUUUGCAAAACUUAAUUUCAAAGCAAAGCUGAAAUGAUCUGGAUGACGAUAUAAAAUAUUGUUUAAAUAUUACUCAACUGAAUUUUGACCUAAUGAGAUUAUUACAUUUUGUUUUGCAGGGUUGAUAGAACUGUUUGCAGAGUAUUUCUAUAUUUCGGGUUUAAUUUGUUGGGAAAUAUAAGAACGAGGCAGUGGCACACUUGACCCAUGCUAUGUGGACGCCCUGGGUUCGAGUCUUGGUCCAUGGACCUUUGCCGCAUUUCUUCUCCCCCUUUCUCCAUUGCUGCAAAAGAAAAAAAAGGGUCACCGGAGUGAUGAGAGCUUCCUGUAACAGGACAGAGUCGGAUGGCUGUCACACGGCGCUCCUCAGACAUCAGCCCGUCUCAGGUGGAGCUGCUGCGCAGACUCAAGCACCCAGAGAGGUAUCAUCACCGGAGGACCAUGGAAGCAGCCUGAAGGAAAAGAGCAUAUCUGUCUUAUGCCUAACCGGUUCUGGUGUGGCGGAUUUAUGAUCGAGGGUCUCUAUGUGAAGCACACGGCGUCAUGGCAGACUUUUGGCUGAUUUCUGUCCCGCUGGACAAGACCAGUUUAACCAGCGUGGAGAAACUGAAGCGGAAGAUCACCAAAACCCACCUGGCCUCAUGCUGGAAGUUCUCCAUCCCAGACCUGAAGGUGGGGAUCCUGGACAGUCUGGUUAGGGUGUCGGACGAGCUGGCAGCACUCGACACGCUGACUGAAAGUGUGAUCAAAAAAGCCUGCCAGUGCUUGAAGGAGGUGAUGGGGCCGCCUGGAGACAAAGCUCAGGAAUACUCCUUAGCCAACGGAGACCACAGGAAGUAUCAGAGCAGUGCAGCUACAUCUCCACUAAAGACUUACAUCACAUCUCAAAGAGUGGACCUGAUGAAUUACGUCACCAAGUUUCAGUGGGACAAAGCCAAGUAUCCCACAGCGCUGCCGCUCUCCACCCUGACAGAAAUCAUCAGCAAGGAAAUAUCACAGAUGGAGACCGAGUUAAGAUCCAGAGCUACAGCCUACAACAGCCUGAAAGCCACAUUGCACAGCCUUGAACACAAUCUGAAUGGAAAUCUGCAAACUUGCUGUCUGAAUGAUAUUGUGAGGAAAGAAGACCUGAUAGUCUCUGAGUAUCUAACAACUCUGUUGGUGGUGGUGAGCAGAGAAAAAUACCUGCAGUGGGAGAGAAGCUACGAAGUCCUGUCAGAGUUUGUGGUUCCACGAUCGAGCAGGAAGAUUUUCGAGGACAGAGACGGGGGAAUCUUCUCGGUGACGCUCUUCAAGCGCGCUGUGUGUGAAUUCAAAGCCAAAGCUCAGGAGAGCAAGUUCAUUGUGAGGGAGUACAGCUUUGAUGUGGAGGAGAGGAAGCAGCAGGAGAUCACGAAGCUCAGUGCUCAUAGAAAGGAGCAGCAUGGGAUCUUUGUGCGUUGGUUGAAGGUAAAUUUCACUCAGGUGUUCAUUGCCUGGCUUCACGUGAAAGCACUAAGAGUUUUUGUGGAAUCAGUUCUCAGGUAUGGACUGCCUGUGAACUAUCAGGCUUUUCUCCUGGAGACGGACAGGAAGCACUCAAAGAAGCUGAAGGAGGAACUUUCCUCACUGUUUGUGCAUUUGGACCCUACUGCCAGCGCAAAAGAGGUGAGCUGUGACAUCCCAGGGCUCUGCCAGCAGGAGUACUCCUCCUACAUCUGCUUCCACAUCAGCACCGGCAUGCUGGAGAUCAGCGAGCCGUCAGCAACGUGACCGAUUGACAGGGAGCACCUCGUCGACCUCAGGCAGUCAGGGCCUGAAAUACAUCAACGUUAUUAUAAAAAGUUACCUGUCACAGAACGUCUUGCAUACAUAACUAUGACCUGUGUAUAUAAAUCUCAUCGUUUUUGGGGGAAAGAAGUGUAAAUAUUCUCUUUAAGGGAGGGAUUCUUGUCGCAAGAAUGCUUAACUCUGUAAAUAUUUGAAAGUUUUAUAGGCUUCUAAGGCUCCCAAUUGGCACCUCUGGUAAUUAAAAGCCUCAGAAUAAGAUUCAGUUUUUUAGUGCUGGAGCAUAAACUCACCUGAAAACUACUGAAAAUCCUAACUUUAAGUAAAAUUCUUGUUUACUGGGGGAAAAUAAACCCUGUUAAAAUUAUUAUUAUUGUUAGUUUACUAAACCACUGCUUCCCUUAUUCUCACCCCUGUUUUUAACGUGUUAUACGUCCCUGUUUUACCGAUAGCACGGCACUUAGGAAAGGCCCACAGCAUCCCAGCCCUCCACUGUACUUAACAGACAUGAGAUCUCUUUCCCCACAUUCAGCCUUUGUUUUAGGCCACACCCACCUGGAGUGUUUAAUGCCAAAACGCUCAACCUUACUGUCUUCUAACCAAAACCACACGGUUCCACUUACAGCCCCAGAAGGGUGCAACAAACUCUAUGCCUUUACGUUUUGUGACAGUAGUAUGUGAAAGGUUUGUUCCUGGAAUCACUACCAAAUAACUGGUUGACAUAAAGCCAAAUGAUUGUUGGUGACACCAAGAUGCAACUCUUUAAAAGUGAGCUUGAAUGCCAAUUAUCUUUCCCCCUUUUCACUGUUCUUGGUGGACAGAUAAACCUGGGUCCUUGUUCAGCCUCGUAUGUUUCAGCUCCAGUUGAUUUACACGUUUUAACUAUUGCUCCAUCUGUAGAUGUGAGGAAUUUCAGGAGACAGGCCAUUUGCUGAAAAUGUUAAUAAACACACAAUCACCUUAGUGGAAUUACAUGCUCUUUUGUCUUUCCCAUUAGGAAAGUGGCCCCUAUGAAAUUGCCCUCCAUUUCAUGUCAUGUUUAAACCUUGACUGAAAAUCAUGGAUAACUAAUGAUAGUUUGAUCAGCAUAAAAAGUAAAGAAUACAACUAAACAGCAGAA